AUGAUGGAUGAAGUGUUUCCCGUGCUCUCUGAGAUUCCUGUUCAACUUCGUACUCAUUUCCAACAGAUGAUUAGUUGGUUGGAUCAAGCCGAUGAUGUGCUGCCCAGAUACGAAAUAUUUGAGCAUAUCUAUCAGGUUUUGGAUGAAGAAGGAACAUUAAGAUGCUUGUUCAAGGAACCCCAAGAUGGAAGUGAGGUUUCAGCAAAGAAAGAAGCGUGUGUCUACCUCUUGGAUCAUCCCUAUAAUAAUCAGCGGUCAAGGUCAGAAAACAUUUACGGUUAUGCAGGGGUGUUGCCAACGGUCUUCGUAAGAUUCACCAAAGGAAACCGAAACAUGAUGGGUGUUUUGAUAGAUUACGUGGAAACGGUGGGUAAUGUUGCUGAGUAUUCUACACGAUAUCCUCAUGCACCAAUAUCAGCAGCUCAGAUGGAGAAGGUUGCCAUGCUUGAUUUGCGAUUGGGGAAUAUGGACAGAAAUCCGGACAACAUGCUGGUGAGACUUGAUGAUGGUGGCAGCCCUCAUGUUAUUCCUAUUGACCAUGAAAUGAUUUUCGCCAAUGAAGUACAGAAUUACAACAUCGUGAGUCCCCCCCCCCAUUGGCUCCAGUUGCAUGAGCGAAGUGUAGUGGAUGUGAACAAAGAAUUCUCUGCUGAGAGUGUGAGUUAUCUUGAAAGACUACAGCCAGAGGAAGAUAUUGAGUUUCUGACAAGGUGUGGAUGGGAGCCAGGGAUGGUUUUUGGUGAGCGGUUCAAGAUCUUCACGGCAUUUUUGAAGACUGGAGUUUCUUUGGGAAUCACUGUUUAUCACCUCGGCCUAAUCGCAGCUUACAAGUGUGAUGAUAUGACUUUCAACCUGCAGGAUAUAGUGGAACAUGUGGAGAGAGACGAAGCGUUUGUGGCUAAUGUGAACAUAGCCAUUUGGGAUCGGCUUACAGAUUACAACGAGGAGUAG